UGCGUCAAAUAGUUGGGAACACGAGCUUAGUGCCAAGGCUGCUGGCAAGCUAACAUGUUACCAUUAUCAAUUAAAGAUGACGAAUAUAAACCAGCAAAAUUCAAUUUGCUCGUCAAAGUAUCCGGAUGGUUCAGAUCGAUUCUCGCUGACAAGACCUCUCGGAAUUUAUUUUUCUUCCUGUGUCUGAACUUGUCAUUUGCCUUUGUGGAAUUACUGUAUGGCAUAUGGAGUAACAGUUUAGGAUUGAUAUCAGAUUCUUUUCACAUGUUCUUCGACUGCACUGCACUUUUGGCCGGCCUUGCAGCAUCAGUGAUAUCUCGGUGGAGGUCUAAUGACUCCUUCUCAUAUGGCUACGUCCGAGCAGAAGUGCUGGCGGGCUUUGUGAAUGGCCUGUUUCUCAUAUUCACUGCCUUCUUUAUCUUCUCAGAGGGAGUUGAGAGGGCGUUAGAACCUCCUGAUGUGCAUCACGAGCGCUUGCUGCCUGUGUCUAUAGCAGGGCUCCUGGUCAACCUCGUAGGCAUCUUCGUGUUCCAGCAUGGGGGGCAUGGACACUCUCACGGAGGCGAAGGUCAUGGCCACAGCCACUCUCUAUUCAAUGGCACUGUGGGCCACGGCCACGAUCACGGCCACGAUCACGGCCACGAUCACGGCCACGAUCACGGCCACGGGCACAGCCACGAUCACGGCCACGGGCACGGCCACGAUCACGGCCACGGGCACGGCCAUUCACACCAGGAGCCACACUGCCAUGAUGAUUUCUCACACACACCAGGAAAAGGGUCCAGCCAACAGAUUUUGCAAGGAGUUUUUCUGCACAUCGUAGCGGACACGCUGGGCAGCGUUGGUGUCAUCAUCUCAGCAUUCCUCAUGCAAAAGUACAACCUGAUGAUUGCGGAUCCCAUCUGCUCCAUGCUCAUCUCCAUUCUCAUUGGAGUCAGUGUGGUUCCUCUACUCAGGGAGUCCAUAGGGAUUCUGAUGCAGCGUACGCCUCCUGCCCUGGACUAUGCCCUUCCAGAGUGCUAUCAGAGGGUGCAGCAAUUGCAGGGUGUGUAUAACUUGCAGGACCCACACUUCUGGACGCUAUGCACAGACAUCUACAUUGGCACUCUCAAGCUCCUGGUUGCUCCCGAUGCAGAUACCCGGUGGAUCCUCAGCCAGACGCACAACAUUUUCACACAGGCGGGUGUGAGGCAGCUGUAUGUUCAGAUAGACGUGGCAGGAAUGUAGGAGUUGCAGCGGCAUGACUCAGGAGUCCAGGGACCAAAGCCACGCGUGCUGCUCUGAGGAAGCUCACCACCAAAACCUGUCCCUCUGUCUCUGUCUCUCUCUCUCCCCAUUUCUCUCUGGGUUCCUGCUGCUCCACCACCUCCCUCGGACCAAGCUGGAGCAACUGCAGUAUUGUACACUGACUCUUGACUAGAAAAAACAGUCAUGAAAACAACUCGCCAAGCAUGUGACGCGUCCAAGGGAAACAAGAUCUUAUAUUGUGAAGAUCACCAGCACUGGAGCCCUUGGCCAACAGUUCGUUUUCUUUUUUUUGUUUAAGCAAUCUUCAAAGACAUUUGUCGUCUCGUCUCCUUAUGGGGUUUAAAUGGGGUUUUAAUUUUUUCUGAUGUUUUCUUUCUGGUCUGAAUAUGUACGAUGUUCCAUGGACAUUUGUUUUUUAAAAAAAGAGAAAUUCAUCUGCUACAUUUGUAGCCAGCAGGUGCAGACUUCAGUCACCUGUGGUGUCACUUGCUUCAGCUCUGCUAUUGCCCUUGAUCUCUCUAAGUGCCUUUUUAUGGUGGACCUCAGUCAGUUGUCCAACAUCUGGAGUCAUAUCCAAUGUGCUGAGUGAGCAUGUGUCUCUCCAUGCACACUGGGAGCAGGCUGGUUUUAAUGGUUACCAUUCCUUUGUAGUUGGGCUGCAUCUGUACAUAGUAUCACAUAUCUACCCAUGUAGUCUCGAGGAAGCACACAAGCUUUCUUCAGCCAGAAAUGGAUGGACAAUUAUGAAAAAUGAAGUUCAUGAUUUAAUUACCUUCCUGGAUUUUUAUUAAAUAGCCCACCUUUGCCACUGGCCAGUACAUUUGUGCAAUGUAAUAAAGGAUAUUAUGUAA